AUGGCGGCGUCCAUGAUCAAAGUUGUUCAUCAGGUGAAUUUUUGUCGCUUUCUUCGCCCUGCAGUGAGACUUGGCCAAUUAUAUUCUACGGAAUCCUCACCAUCGGUGGUUGGAAAGCAGGACAAAGCAUUGGAGGUGGUGGAAGAUGAAGCAAAGGUAGAGAAAUGUAUCAAAAGGGAGUAUACGUUCUGUUUGUGAACAUCGAUUCAAUGUUGUUAUUGUAGCCUUCUUGUAAAAUUCAUCUAAAUUUUCAGCCAGCAGGAUAUUGUUUAGAUCAUAAGAUCACAUAGUACGUAAAAUCAAGAUAAUUCUUAAGAUACUGAAAAAAAAAAAUUGCAUGCGUCUUUCUUAUUUCCUCCUAUGCACAUUUCCAGCUGUUAAUCCAUCAGCAGGCUGUGAAUAACGAUUUAUGUAAAAGUAUGUGGUUUGUAUUUGGAUAACAAGUAGAAUAAGUAGAAUAAUCAGCAGAAUAAUACAUGCUCUUGGCUAUUUAUUUGCCACUUUUAUGACAGCACAUCCCAGGCACAUUCUACGGGUCGGAUUACAUAUGACUAUGGUCUCCUAUCCAGAAAAGUGUUAAGGAUUGAGGAAAAACAGUUUGGCGUGCUGUACAAUGUAUUGGUAAAGCACUGGCCAGUACCCCUGGCCUGUAGAAUGAGAAGUACAUUUUGUCUCUGUCACAGGAGCAUUAAUUGUCCUAUCCUAACUAUUUUGAUCAAGUUCCUCUUCCAAAACAUUCCCUGUAAUGUUACUCACUUGAGACAAUGAUUCUGAAGGCUUUUAUUACUGUAUAAUGUAGGAGGUAAUCUACACCACAACUGGUGUUCCAGACUGGAUUGUCAAAGAACGCAAAGCCAGAAUUUUUGUGCCAGCGAGGACAGCUAUGCAGUCUGGUACGUUUAACACAAAGAAAUGGCACUUAGAAUUUGAUACGAUGGAAAGAUGGGAAAAUCCAUUGAUGGGAUGGGCCUCAAAGUAAGUGAUUCUGUUUAGUGGUUUGUGCUCUACAGGAACAUGUUUGUCAUAGUUUAAGUUCUUGCAUGGAGAUACCCUCAAGAAGCAGAAAGCGUGUUUUAGGCCUGGUUUUGCACACUAUUGGUUGCAUUAGUGACACAAGAAGUCAAAAGAUUGGACACAUUUUAAGAUUUGAAAUUAUAAUAAUUAUAAAGUAUAGUAAGAAAGCAAAUAAAAUUGUUUUUAGUUGUGGUAUAUACUAUCUAAGUUAUAUUUCUGCCAUGUAACAUCUAAAUAUCUUAUAUUUUGUACUUAUUAUUUACUUUUUUCUUCCUCUAUUUCAGUGCAGACCCUGUGUCCAACAUCUCACUUACCUUCAGCUCAAAGGAGGCUGCGAUAAACUAUGCAGAGAAACAAGGUAACUGCAUGUUGUUUCCUUCUGAUAACAUUUUCAAAGAUGAAAAGAAAACUUGCAUGAUAAUAUUAUAUUACUCCACAGAGCUUCAAAAUCAAUAUUUUCUAUUCCCUGAAUUGGUCAACGGUUGCUCUGUUCCCCAAGAGUUAUACCAAGAUAUCCUAAGGUCACUUAACGUAAAUGGCCUUGUUCUUGCUGGGAUAAAAUGGCAUGAAAAUCACAAAUUACCUUUUAGUGCCCACAAAGAAAUGGUAGAGUUUAAAAAAUACAGAAAGGAACACAUUAUAGCUAGAAUUAAUAAUAUGUAAAAUCAAUUUUUUUGGUAAUUAUUUCUUUGUUUUGUUAAAAUAAUAUUUAGGAUGGAAUUAUGAAGUAGAUGAAAAACAUGAAGUCAAACCAAGGGCAAAGUCUUACGGGGCAAACUUUGCAUGGAGCAAGAAGACAAGAGUCUCAACCAAAUGA